UCUAGAUCAACCCAUUAUCCAUAGAGCAGUGCGAAUGGGAGACUACUUAAGAGCCUGCAGGUAGUCACAGGAAGGACGCAGCUCCAUAAUUUCCCUCUAAAUUUCGUCCUCGAUCUACUGUUCAACAACCGCCGCGAACAAUGAAUAUCGCCACCACUUGCAACUCCUGGUCCCUGGAGAAUCACAGGCUCGAAGAAGAAAGGCGAUGGGUCACUGAUCUCCACUUCAAGGCGAAGAAAGACAAUGGGGAAUGGAUCUCUACUCAAAUCCGACUCGAUGACUUUCUGGGAAACGAUGAUGGGAACUUCAAGUAUGGCUUGAGGUAUCCCGAACGUAACAUUAGCUCGUCCAUGAGUAAUCCCCGGCUGGAGGUAACAGGAGAUGGUCGACCGAUUCUCCACGGUCGCCUCACCACCCGGGAUGCCUAUGGUCAUGACAGAAGUCUUGAUUUGUCUAAAAUUCUCUGGAAUAGAGAUGGUCGAAUCUCUCUCAAUGAGGACGUGGCUCGCGCGGAAGACGAAAAAAGAAGAGAACAGAUAAGGCAGAAAAUGCUCGAAAAAGCGCGUCGCAACCCCAAAAUGAUGGAGCGCUUGAGGCGCCAGGGAAAACUUUGA